GGGAAAUCUCGGUAGAUCCCGGAGAACGGCCUGUUGCCGACGCGCAAUCCAUGCAGCGCCGCGCCAAAGUUGUCAGCGCCGGCGCGUAAUUACCGGCUUUGCGCCUCCGGAGCUCAGCGCAGCGGAGAGCGGGAGCGACGACGAGCAGCCGCUCGAGAGCCAGGCUGCGUGUGACUGUGAGUCAAGGAAACUCUUGGAUAAGACGCUACAGUCUUCUCAUCGGCUCCACUUGAGGUGGGAGGGAAGCAGCGGGGUACCGGGCGUCGUGUCCGUGAUGCAAUGCGGGUACUGCCGGUGCCAUGGCCCGCAGCUGCCUUCUUGUGCGCAGAAAUCCAGGCGCUCCGGUCAUUAUCUGCGGAGCCGCGGCGCGCAUUCGUCUUAAUUACCGGCGAAGUGAAAUGUCCGCAGGGGCGCGAGGCGGUUUGGAGGGAAAAAAAAAAACCAGAACAUGUGCCUCUGUGUGCGCGUUCUCUCUCGCGCGCUGCGUCCCUCUCUUCGCCCCUCUCUCACUCACUCACUCACUCCCUCUCUCUCUCCCUGUGUGUGACAGCGCGAGCGCGCGCACAGACCGAGCGCCUUCAACGUGGAUUAGACUACAAAUGGAGCCUGGGCGCACACAUGAAUAGUAAUAGGACACAGGAACUGAAAGUAUCCGCUCUCUCUCUAAUUUAAAUCACUUUUUUAGUUUAGGGAAUGAAAUGGACCUGAACUGUUUCCUCUGUUGUCUGGAACAAACAGAAAGUAAACAACCUCCAGUCGUCUGGAUGUGGGAUCAGCUGAGUAAAUUGGGACUUUCACAAUAAUAAAUUAUUAACCUUUCAGUCAGCAGGACACUGAAUCGUCCUCUUCACAUGAGCGCUGUGGCCUUUUCAGACCAUAACGUUUUACUAUGUUGUGCAGCAGGGAAGUUAGAUGCAACAGGGCACAUCCUGCUCCCAGACUAGAUAACACUCGCACUUCCCACUGCUGAACGAGAAGGUGGGAAAUCAAGCGGCGAGAAGACAAAAAGGACACAGCUCCUCUUUAUGAGACACCACAGUGGACAUGGGCCAUUUUCCACUUGGCAGAUCUCUUAAUGGACCCGGCGUGGACUCAUCGGGAGCGGCCAAGCAGGGCAUGGCUGUGAGCAGGCUGCUGCUGCUGUGCAUGGUGGCGACCGAGGUGUGGGAUGCUGAGACCAAACCCAAAGACUUUGUGUGCAACCGGGCUGCCAGGAGGGCUCUGAACAUUGUGAUGGAGAUGGAGGGCGCUCUGGGCGACUGCAGCCACCUGAGGACGCUCUCCUCGCCCGUUCAGCUGCCCUGCCCCGCGCUUCACGUAGCGUCUUGGGAAAACAAAUCACGCCAGGAGAAGCGAGGCGACAUAGUCGCAUCCUUGAAGGUCCUCGUUGAAAGUGUGAAGGUGUUGCAGAGUCUGAAUCUGCCCACGUGCGGCUCCUCGCUCCUGCGGCGACUGGAGACCAACGUCAACAACUACCUGCUCGUCGUCACCCGCCUGCGGCUGAGUGGACCAGCGGUGGAGCCGGCGCUGUCGUGUGUCCCUCGAAGCACCCGCAGCGUGAGCACGCUGCUGCUGAAGUACAACCAGCUGCUCACAGGCAAGGUGGAGAUGCUGAUGGUCGACCUGGAGGACACGUGCACGUCCCAGUGACACCAGGACCACUCCAGUAGAGCCAGCGGCCUGUUUUGUUAGCCCUCGUCGCACUUUUACGACAUCUCUGUUUACAUUUCUUAAUUUAAGGGGUGAAUUGCUGUAAAGUUGCACGCGUAGCUGUGCGUUGCCCUUUUCCAUUUCAGAACAUGUGCCUUGGAUUUAUUUGUCGAUUUCUGUAUGUAAAUGCAUGACAUUGUAGGAACUCUAUGUAAACAUGAACAUUACAGUAAUAUACGCUGCUUUUGUACAAACCUUUGCAGUAUAAUUUGCAACAAACUGUCCCUUUCAUGCAGCAACUAUUUCAUUACUUGCAGAUUUAUUUAGUUUGGUAGCGGAACCAAUUUUGUUGAUCACUCUCAUUGUGACGGUGAUGCCCCCAAUGACUCCUCGAUUAUAUUUCAUUGCCCACAUCAUUAUUUUCAACCCUUUUGUAAAUUAAAUUUCAUAAUGAACCACUAA